GGUAGGAGAUGUAAGCACACAAGAUUUAUUGAAAAAAAUGACUGCGAAGAUUAUUUUCGUUGAAGAUUAAGAGGAUUUCCAAUAAUGUCUGACAUUUUGAAAGCGAUGUUCGUUGUUCUGGUCAUGUUGACCGGUGUAUUUAUAAGUAUUCAUGGAAGCAGUAUGUGUGUGGAUGAGGUUUUUCACCUGAUAUUCAGAGACAAAUCCGCCACAGAUUACGUUGUAAGUGGGAAGACGGUGCCAAGUCGGGCGGAGUGUUCUGUCCUGUGUCAUCAAGAGGAAGGGUGUGUGUCUAUGGCGUAUUCAGACUCAGGAGAGUGUGUCCUCCACGGCGAGUUGCCACAGACUCUGACAGUGGUCAGCAAACAGGACACUGACAUCUACUACCGCCAAGGUGCAGUGCCCUUCUCGACAACAACAAUGGCACAGACAACGACACCUACUGCAACUUUAACGCUCCUGACAACGACUGAAGAUGUUUCGUCUACAUCAACCGUCAAUGCUGCAACUCCACUGACUGCAUCAACUGCGACAACGCCAACAACGAUGACAACUGCAUCAUCUGUGACACCUCCAACACCAAUGACAACUGCAUCAACUGUACCGACUACAACAACCCCGGCAACCGCCAGUACAACAACGGAAACCAUGACGACCGCCAUCACAACCGCCACCGCCGCCACUGCUCCUACGAGUGUUUCUUCCACUACUACUGCAACUGCUUCACCUACGACGACUACUACUACUACUACCCAAUCUCCUACUUCUGCCACUAUCACUUCUCUAUCUCCAUCUCUAUCUAGUACAGCUGCUACUUCUACUACAUCUACUACUACCACUACUACUACCACCAGUCCAUCUACAACUACAUCCACUACCACGACAACACCAACAACGACCACUUCGUUAACGACUACUAUUACUGUUUCUUCUACUGUUUCUUCUACUACUACUACUACUACUACUACUACUACUACUACUACUACAACUACUACUACUACUACCACUCCAUCUACAACUACAAGUACAUCCACUACCACGACAACAUCAAUAACGACGACUACGGAGGCUACAUCACAAGAGGUGGAACUGUGGGCGACAGCUGUGCUGGACUACUCGUCACAGGACAACUCCGGAGACAACAACGCCGCUAGCCAAGUGAUUGGACAACCCGAUGUCUACCCCGUCUACGGUCACGACGUCAAAGCAUGGGGACAGUCCGAUAUAAACUAUUAUAGACACAACCAAUAUGUGAAGUUGCAGUACGCCAUGAAACUCUUCAUCUCGGAAGUGCACGUGUACGAGACGUACCGCGCUGGCGCAACGUUUAGGGUGGAGCUCCUGGCGCCUUCUGGGGUAUAUGUUGAUAUGUAUAGGGCGACCUAUUUAUCCCGUCUCUCUUCAGUUCGAAUCUUCAAAGUCAUUCUAACAAAUCCUGCAAGCUUCACGUCUGACGUCAUCCGAAUAUGGGUGGAUCCGUAUUUCGCCUAUGGGGCUACAGAAAUAGACGCUGUCAAAGUUGUAGGAAUGACCGAUCCCAGUUCGCGAUAAACAAACUUUCCCGACAUGCAAUACAAGACUUGUCUGGAUGGUAAUUGUGAACAAACUAGAGUAUAGGCCACAGUCUUUUUUUGUCUUUUUUCUUUUUUCUUUUUUUUUUAUAUUAUUUAUUCAUGUUAAUUGUCCACGAUUUUACAUGGCCCUGUACAUUGCCACGUGGACUGGCACACCAGGGUUUAUAUUUUUAUAUUUGGGUUUGAGUUGCUUAAAGCAAUAAUACUCAUCUAAUUAUUCAGUACACAUUUAAUUUUUUCUGCAAGAUUAACAUUGUUAUACUGUAGCACUUUGUAUUGUAUUUCUAGUUCUCUUUUAAAUAUUCUAAAAAGGCAGUCGGCUUCAGUUACUUUACAUCUGUACACAAUAUACUUUGCUAGCAGUAGUAAAUAAUUCAUCAAAGUACACUCCUCUGUGCCUCCUUCUAUACCAUACAAUACAGUAUCUCUGUAAUUAUCAUGAAUCUGAUUAUGUACAUUAACCUUCGCCCACUUAAAUAAUUCUAUCCAAAAGGGAAAUACAUUUGAACAGUAAAACAUGUAAUGUCUAACAGUAUCUAUACUACCACAAUGUUCACAUACAUUACUUUCUUUAAUGUUAAUUCUGUUUAAAUACUGAUUACAAGGAAUGAUUGAGUGUAGAAUUUUGAAUUGCAGAUGCUUAUACUUGUUUCCAAUUCUCAUGUCCUAAAAACAUCUUCAUAAGCAGCUUGGAAAACAUUAUAGAUUGUAUUAUACCAAAAUUUACUUUUACAAGGUGUGUCAGCAUGUCUGAAUCCUUGAACUUCAGGAUGUGGUUUAAGUUCUAUAGGACCCGCGUUUUGGAAACUAAACAUGUUCUACCAUAUUGCCUUCCUAACAGCAUUGCAUGGGC